AUGGACGGCAUGGAAUUGGGACCAGGACCAUCAGCGGUUCGAAUGCCAUCGAACACUGCCGUCUGGAGAGGUCGAAUAUUUUUACGACCCGCCGAAACCGGCCCAAGCAUCGGCGCUGCCAGUAUCACAAACUGCUGUACUGCGUUCAUAAGUGCUCCCGAAAACUCUGGGUACUCUGGUUUGCCCAACAUCACCGGAUCCCAUUAUGAUUAUCGCCCUGCUUCAGCUAUUUCUCAAACAAACGAAGAUGGUAUCACCAAUCCUCAAGUCAAGGCCAAAACAAUUCAUGGGUAUAAUACCGAGUCUUCUAUAAACAGAGAUGAUGAUAUCAAUUUUCGAGUACAUCAUCACAGCCAAUUCAAAAUUGGCUAUGUCAUCAAGUUGCUCUGGGUAGAGCCACGUGGUGAGAGUUCCAGAAAUAGCGAGAGAUCCAGGAACGGGGAAGACACCGAUGUGACCGAUGAUGAUGGACCUUCGAGCACCAAGGGUUUCUCGAAAACCCGCCGAUUUGUAAUUGUCAAAGUGUUCACUGGUCACUGCACUUGUCUGCCACUUCUGACUUAUUCAGGUCAAGGUGUCGUAAAACGGGGUGUACACCCCGAGGUUCACGCUGCCGUUUUCACCGCAGAUGGUCCGAAAUUGGCCCCGGGGGAGGCAGAUGUACUCACCCGACCACCUAUACGAUUUCUAUCAAAAAGCCCCAGAGAAAAGCUUGAUCCAAUGACACGCUUAAAUUACGCUAAGCUAUAUACUGUGGAAUACAAUAUCAAGCUUAGGUUCAUUGGUAAGAUUGAUCCGACAUCGAUGCCGGAUUUCAUAGAAAAUUACAACGACGUUCAUAAAGUUGUAUGGAUCGACGACUCUAAAGAGGAGAACUAUGAGGACCCGGUAUAUCCGAUAAAUCCCACGAGUUCCGUUCGAGAAGACUCUGCUAUGUAUUCCCCGCCUGAUUCACAGCGCCACAUGCAGGAUACGCAAUACGGUGCCUCGCAAGACUCAUCUUCACGACCGGAAACGGCAAGCCACGGCCAGUCUCAUAGAAGCUACCACUCAUCCCACAAUCGCCCGGGAUCAUCUUCGUCCGAAUAUGUUGAAAGCUCCCGCACUGGUCAUCCCGAGGCAUACUCAGCCUAUUCGGGCUUGUCCAGCACUUAUCCUUACAGAGAGAACUAUGGCGAGAAUUCCAACGAUGCUCCGGGAUCCGGAUAUGUCGAUUCAAGAAUCAAUGAUUUGGGAUUUUCCUCUAGCUAUUAUAGAGCAGACGUAUCGGCCUCGUCUGGCCGCGAGCCUGCUAGUCUGAGCCAAGGAGAGGAUAGCUCUGCCGCUUCUAGAUUCGGAUAUGGAUAUACGAACCAGAGGCUUAGUGGUUCUACGUCUUCCUUCAAUCGUCCCCAGGAAAACCCGAAAAACUGUUGGCAGGAUGACCCUGCUGCUGCUGGAUCUGGACAUGGCAAUUCAAGUAUCAGUAAUGCAGAAUCUCCCUCUGAUCGUCCCCGAGCGUACGUUGCGAGCUCGGCUAGACAAGGCCCUUAUAGUUCGGACUAUGGGGAGGAUGACCCUCCUGCUUUGGGAACUUACGUUAGUUCUCGUAACCGGGGCAAAACCCCAAUUGAGACUUACGACCAUCAUGACGAUCUUUACGAUGACAAUUAG